GGAUGUGCAAUGACUGGCUGAGGCAGGUGGAUUUUGACCCUGCACAGACGGAUUUCGGCGUCGGGGCCGAGGGUCGGGUGACCUGUCGUCAGCAGUUCCAGCAGAACUCGUUCAAUGUGACGUGCAGAGAGACGGAGUCGGGACGCUUCGAGUGGGAUUUGGGUGCACACACGUGUGUCAGAAAAUGUAAAAUACCCAAAACCUGGGACCCCAGAUUGCAGUUUGCCCCCAAGGGGCCUUUCUACUCCCUGGGUGAAUCGGUGACGCUGAACUGCUCUGAGGGGUAUCGGCCGUCACCGCCUGUGAUCGAAUGUGUCAGAAAUGGGAACCAGCCUGUCUGGAAUGAGACAGCCACCUGCCGGGGGAUUUGUACGAGGGCAGGAAACUGGCCCCCGUCGGUCUCUGCUGCCUCCACACAGACAGAGUUUGCCGUUGGCGAGUGGGUUCAGGUGACCUGUCGCCCGGAGCAGUACGAGGGGCGCCCGGCUUGGAUGCAGUGUACGGAGACGGCUGGGCACGUGGAGUGGGACACGAGCCGUGUGAGCUGUGUGGGUGAGUUCUGCACAGACGGGCGGCCGGACGGGCUGGGGGCAGGAUCCAAACCCUGGGACACCGAGAGCCUCCAAGGGGCCCCACGACUUCCUGGGGGCGUCUUUAUGUCUUGAGUGUUCAGCUCGGACCUUCUGAAGGGCGUGAAGUGACAGCGACAGCGAGUGUGUGGGGAAAGCAGCCUGCGUGGGGGGGAGUGUGGUGAGGUUC